AUGUCAACAUCGCCAUCAACACCCCCAACACCACAAACAAUUACUAAAUCAUUAAUAUGUCAAGAUUGUACUGUUAGUACAGGUGUUCAAAUUGCAAUUGGUACAGUAGUUCACCCAAAGGCAUCAGUUAUAAUAAAUGAAGGUGCAGGUCCAAUCAUAAUUGGUGAAAAUAAUAUUAUAGAAGAAUUAGUUCAAAUUAUAAAUAAAUCACCCGAACCUUUAAACAUUGGUUCAAAUAACAUAUUUGAAGUUGGAGCAUAUAUAGAAUGUAAAUCAAUUGGUAGUGGAAAUGUAUUUGAACCCAAAUGUAAAGUUUUAAGUAAUACAGUCAUCAAUGAUCAAUGUUCAAUUGGUGCUGGUUGUAUUGUCUCUGAAAAUCGUAUUCUAGAAAAUAAUACUGUUAUAUCUCAAACUUCGAGUUCCCAAAUCGAAAUUAAAUCAAGUAUUCCAUAUGAAAAUCAUACAAGUAUUCAUACCAGUCAUUUAGAACUUUUACAUAAAUCUAUACCAUUAUUUCAUACUAUGAAAAAAACUCAACUUUAA